GUCCCGGCCCCGCCGUCCCUCCCGCCCGCCGCUUGUCCCGCGGCGGGGCCCGCUGGCCGCCCGCCUGGCCCCGGAGCCGCCGGCGCCUGCUACCGGGGGAGCCGCUCCCGGCCGGGACCCGCCGACGGGCCGGGCCUCUCGCGUCCCCCUUCGGCCGCGGGGCAGCCUCGGGGAGCGGCCCCCGCACGGUGCCCCCGAGGUGCCGGCGGGGCUGGACCCGCAGGCCCGGGAGGGCGAGAGGAUGUCCCGGGUGCCGGUGGGGAAGGUGCUGCUGCGGAACGUCAUCCGGCACACGGGCGCGCACAACAAGAUUCAGGAAGAGACAGAAAUGUGGAAAAUAAGAGAGUGGGAGAAGCAGACAGAAGAGAGUUACUGGAAAAGGCAAAACAGAAUGCUGUCGGACACCUCCGGCAGCCGGAUGCGCAGCGAUGGCUUCGAUGAGGAGGGUCACAGGGCUGACUGGAAAACAAAGAACUCGCAAUUUUUCGACCUAGUCGAAGAUGAUUUCCUCAGGGCCCGAUCCUGGAAUAAAAAGCUGUAUGAAUGUGAAGCCAACAUGCCAGACAGGUGGGGUCACAGUGGCUAUAAAGAGUUGUACCCUGAAGAAUUUGAUACGGAUAGUGACCAGCAAGAAGGAGAUGAACAAAGAGUUAUCAACGGGAAGAAGAAAUCUCAGCUGGGGAAGCAAACUGCCCAUGAGUCACACAAACGGAGGAAAACAAAGAAAUCACACAAGAAGAAGCAAAAAAAGCGAUCACACAAAAAGCGAAAGAAAAAGAAAAAGGAGCAGGGGAGAACGUCAUCAGAGUCUUCCCAGGAGAGCGAGUGCUCAGGAGAGGAGACCUCCAGCACCCGGAAAGGGAAACAGAAGCGUAAGAAAAAGACUAGAAAAGUGCCUGCCAGAGAACCCACUUCUUCUUCUGGGCAGGAAAGUGACUUUUCUCAUGCCAGCAGCUCGACCACCAGCAGCUCUGAGGACAGCGCAUCUGAGGGGAAGAGAGAGAAACGGUCCCCAAAAAAGAGGAAAAAACGUCCCAGUUCUGUGUUAGAGCGGCACAGUGAAGUACCGGAGAAGAGGAGCAAGAGGAAGAACUGGAAAGUGGCCGCAGAUGAAAAGUCAGAGGACAGCUCAGAUGAGGACUGAUGAGUCUAGGCUGCAGUUCAAACAACAAGAGACAGCUAUGUCUGGCAAAACAGGACAUGUCACUGGACUCAACUUUCCCAUCCUCCAACAAAAGCAGACCUGCGUGGCAACAUGUGCAUGGUCAGCUGGACAGAGAAGGGAGCGUGAGGGAGUAUGCUGGUUGCAGCUGAAGGUGCAGUACUCCUUCCUUAAUGAUGAAGACAAGACAGCGGUGCAUUUGCCUGUUUUAGACUGCUCUCCAAAUCCCGGUGUGGGCUGGCCAUUGUGUCUGCCUUUCCUUCCUCCUCUCCAGGGGGAUGCUGAAAUGAUUUGUGCUGACAGAGGAGCCUUGGCAGGUGUUUUGUUGUGUCUCUGGUCUGCCCAGUGUAUUACCUGAGGAACUGGUAAUGGGCCUCUCUCCCUCCAGUUGAACAGCCGAGCCUUUUAACGAAAUAAAUCAAUCCAGACGUG